AUGGGGUCCCUAGAACUACCACCCCAGAGACGACUCAAAGCCGACUCGGUCUGCAUUCUCGGAGCCGGACCGAGUGGAUUGGCGGCGGCGAAGUAUCUCCUGGCCGAGAGAGCUUUUUCGCGCAUCGCCAUCUUCGAACAGCGCUCUAAUGUCGGCGGAUUGUGGAACUACUUUCCAAUCGAGCAAGGAGCUCCUCAGAACUUGUCAAUCCCUCAGACGAACCCUCAUGCCGGAUUGGACAAGCCGGUUUGGAGCGACCACGCUGAUGCCGCUCAAUUUGUCUCUCCGGUGUAUGAACGACUGGAGACGAAUAUUCCUCGUGGGCUGAUGGGCUUUUCGGAUCUGCCCUGGCCGGAUGACACUCAACUAUUCCCGAAGCAUACUCAGGUGCUGGAGUACAUCAAGAAGUACAGCGAGGACGUCCAGCACCUCAUCCAAUUCAACACGCAAGUCGUCAGCGUUCAGUCGAUCGAUUCCGAAAAGUGGUCAAUCAGAACGCAGGCAAUCACAAGGACCGGCAUAGCACCCAUCCGCGAGGAAACGUUCGACGCCGUCAUCGUUGCCAAUGGGCAUUACGAUGUGCCGCACAUCCCACAGGUCCCUGGUAUCGAGGCCUGGAACGAGAUUUAUCCAGAUCACAUCUCACAUUCCAUUUUCUACCGCAAGCCGGAACACUAUACCGACAAGAAAGUCAUUGUUGUCGGUAACUCAGCCUCGGGUAUCGACAUUGGCGCGCAGAUUUCCGCCGUAUGCCGACUGCCUCUUGUGAUGUCCCAGAAGUCUGAGUCCUACCUGAAAGCUGGCGGACCUUCGCCAAGAAUUGCAGAGAGGCCGGAGAUAGUGGAAUACAUCAUCAAAGAUCGCAGCGUGCUUUUCGCUGAUGGCACAGUCGAGACUGACAUCGACUCAAUCCUCUACUGCACCGGAUAUUUCUACUCAUACCCGCUCCUCGAGAGACUGGAUCCUCCGAUCAUUUCGACGGGAGAGCGUGUCGAGAAUACAUACCAGCACAUCUUCUAUCAGCCGAAGCCGACACUAGCCUUCCUCGCCCUAAAUCAGAAGGUCAUCCCUUUCCCCUGGUCCGAAGCACAAUCCGCCAUCGUCGCAAGGGUCUUCGCAGGCCGACUCGCGCUACCGACUGAAGAUGAUAUGAAAGCUUGGGAGAAGGGCGUUCUUGCGGAGACUGGACCAGGAACGGCUUUCCACGUUUUAAAGUUCCCCAAAGAUGCUGCCUUCCUCAACAUGCUUUACGACUGGGCACUGAGCGCUGACGGUGAGGGUGACUUAGAUCGGAAUGGCGAGCGUAUUGGCAAGGUUCCUCCGCGUUGGGGCAAGAUGCAGUACUGGACUCGCGAACAAUUUCCCAAGAUCAAGAAGGCUUUUGCAGAUCUCGGUGAGAAGAGGCAUUAUGCUCGAACAUUGGAAGAUGUUGGCUUCGAAUUUGAGGACCUUGAGAGGGCUACAUAGAUUGUGAUGCUAUCGAUGACAUCCAACCUCCAUGUCUCGGCGUUUGGCUGCUGUCGCGCGAUCAAGCACACUGCCUUGCUCCAGCCCGGCCAAUUUCGGGCAACGUCGGCCAAGCCGAGCGACUUCGGCUUAUCUCUCCACUAAGUUGCAUUUUCCAGGACCUCAACAAUCAUCCUCAAGAGUGUUUACAGCUCCGAAUGAGUUCAAAUGGCAACGACAAUUCCAGCCCGCAGUGGUGCGCACAUCACUGUCAGACGGUCAGAGAAACUCAAAAUCAUCAACCCAUCCGGAAACCAGGUCAUUGACUUCUGGGCGUUUCCUGUCGACAAAACACCAGCAUGGAUGUCGAUGGCCCAAACGAGAUCGAAGUUGAUGAGGCUACGACCCGCAAUCCAUGACGUUCUGUUCGACACUCGCCGCCAACCGGUCCUGAAGAUCGUAGCGGACAGUACUGCUGGGGUUCACGACAUGAUC